UUCCGGGAUUAAAAAGCAGUAAAAACGGGCACAAUUGAUAUUAAUUAUGAGCCUAUUAAGAUUAAAAAAUAUUAAUAAAGAUAUAAAGCAAACAGAAACACAAGACAAGUCUUUAAAUAGCCAAAUAAAAGACUCUAGAAAAGUAGAAAAUUAUUGUGCACAAGUAUCUAAUAACUUGCUACAAUCAGCAUCUCAAUCGCCUCGAAAACGGGUUCAAUCAUUUUUUCAAAAUGAACAGGAUAUAUAUAAUAAUGAUGAAUUAAAUGAACAGGGAAUAUUUUCCGGAUGUCAAGAGAUUCGUUCGAAUUUAAAUAUUAGACAAAAUUUUCAUUUAGAUCAAUAUCCUGUAAAAGAAAAUAUUUCAACAGAGUUUGAAAGACAAAUAUAUCACACUAGAAAAGAAAGUAAAUUUUUUUAUGCAAAUGAAUUUAGACAGCAAAAAAGUUUAUCUGAAAUAUGUUUUACAAAAGAUUCAAAAGUCUCUCCACAAUUAUCUCAACAUAAAAAUACAUCUCCAGAAAAGCAGCAGCUUCCAAAAUAUUUUUAUGCAAAUGAAAGCCAUAUAUCACAGGAUCAUUAUUUAUUAUCACCAAAUUCAAAUUUACCUGUUUCUUCGAAAUCGAUUCAACCAAUAUCAAAAGAUAACUAUGAUGAAUCAUCUAUUAUUUCAUCAAGAAAUAAAACUCCAUUAGGAUCUCCGUCAAAAAGAGAAAUAAAGAGUACAAAUAUAAAAAAUCUUUCAAAUAUUCAGUAUAUAAAUGACACAUUUCCUAUAAAUAACGAAAUAGAGAAAUCACCUCAAAAUAUUUCUAAAACUUCAAAAAUUCCAUUAGGUCAUGCAUUGACAGAAGAAUCAGAUUAUACAAAAUUUGCUCGUACAAAUAGAAAAAUACUUGAUCUAGAAAUCUCUAAUACAUCAUUGAUUGCUCUAAAUAAUACAUUAGAGAAACAAUCUCGUCGUCAAAUGUCUGAAAUUAAAGCUUUACGUAAAAAAAUUAUUCCAGAUAAUAUAUCUAUUACAAGUUCAACUACAGAUUCUACAUCAAAUUCUGAAGAAAAUGACACUUGUUCUCAAUUAUCUCAAAAUUCAAGUUCUUCUAUAACAAAUUUUCAAAAAUUUAUAGAUAACUCUUUAUUUUUUACAAACUCUUUAAAAAAAGCACUUAAACUUACAAAACAUCUUAUAAAUGAAGGACGUCAUGCUUUAGAAAAUCAAAAAUCUAUAGAUACACCUAUAUACUUGAAAGUUAUGAAGAAGAGCACUGAUUCUGAAAUAUUAAACUAUGAAGAUACAGAUAAUUUUAAAAAUUCAUAAAAAAGCAUAUAUAUAUAUAUAUUAAAUAAUAAUACAAAAAUAAGGC